AUGCAUAAUCCAUCCCUCCCCGUCGCCCUCGCUCUCUCCCCUCCCUUCCCGUCGCCCUCGCUCUCUCCCCUCCCUUCCCGUCGCCCUUGCGCUCUCCCCUCCCUUCCCGUCGCCCUUGCGCUCUCCCCUCCCUUCCCGUCGCCCUUGCUCUCUCCCCUCCCUUCCCGUCGCCCUUGCUCUCUCCCCUUCGCCUUCGCGCUCGCACCGAAACGCCCUCUCGUCCCCCAGCCAAUCUCUCCUCCCAUCUCCCGCCUCAUCGCCUUUCCUCUUGCUAUGAAACGGCCUCUCCGCACCCUUCCUCCCUUCCCUCCCAUCACCCUUCCUCUUUCCGCGAUUGUGCACACUUAUCUCUCUCCUCGGGCCCUCGUUUCCGUCGCCCUGUCUCUUUCAACUCUGUUCACCUUGCAAACUCUUUGUUUUUCCCCUCCUUUUGUUUCUCUAUUUCGGUGGCACGGCGGGAGGGGAGGAGGCAUGGUGGGAGGAGAAGGCAAUGUGGGAGGAGGAGAAGGCGUGGUGAGAGGAGGAGAAGGCAUGGUGAGAGGAGGAGAAGGCGUGGUGAGAGGAGAAGGCGUGGUGAGAGGAGGAGAAGGCGUGGUGAGAGGAGGAGAAGGCGUGGUGAGAGGAGGAGAAGGCGUGGUGAGAGGAGGAGAAGACGUGGUGAGAGGAGGAGAAGGUGUGGUGAGAGGAGGAGAAGGCGUGGUGAGAGGAGGAGAAGGCGUGGUGAAAGGAGGAGAAGGCGUGGUGAGAGGAGGAGAAGGCGUGGUGAGAGGAGGCGAAGGCGUGGUGAGAGGAGGAGAAGGCGUGGUGAGAGGAGGAGAAGGCGUGAUGAGAGGAGGAGAAGGCGUGGUGAGAGGAGGAGAAGGCGUGGUGAGAGGAGGAGAAGGGCCUUAUUCGAGUGCAGCACGAAAGGAGGCCGCCGCGAGACGCGGAGAGGCAGCAAGGGGGGGCAGGGUGAAGCUGACGACGCAGGCUAAAUGCGCAUGUGCGGGAAGGCGAGAGGAGGACACGUGUGGAGGUGGGAGUCGCACGCGCGGGGAGGCGAGAGGAGAGCGCGGGGAGGCGAAAGUCGCGCGCGUGGGGAGGCGAGAGGAGCAGGCGCGGGGAGGCGAGAAGAGCAGGCGCGGGGAGGCGAGAGGAGAACGCGUGGGGAGGCGAGAGGAGAACGCGCGGGGAGGCGAGAGGAGGCCGCGUGUGGAGGUGAGAGUCGAGCGCGCGGGGAGGCGUGAGGAGGCCGGGCAGGGAAAGCGAGAGGAGAGCGAGGGGAUGCGAGAGGAGCACGCACGGGGAGGCGAAAGAAGAAUUUGA